GGUCCCGGAUCUUCCCUGUGUGGCUCUCACCCAGCCUGUCCUUCCAGCCCAGCUUUUCUGCCAAGCUCUCCUCAGAUGUCAUCUCAGUCCUGACUGCCUAAAGAUAGCAUUUUCAACAAAUGGUGCUGGUUCAGCUGGAGGCCAGCAUGUAGAAGAAUGCAAAUCGAUCCAUUAUUAUCACCCUGUACAAAGCUUAAGUCCCAGUGGAUCAAGGACCUCCACAUCAAACCAGAAACACUCAAACUAAUAGAAAAGAGUGGGGAAGAGUCUCGAAUACAUGGGCACUGGGAAAAUUUCCUGAACAAAACAUCAAUGGCUUAUGCUCUAAGAUCAAGAAUAGAAGAUGGGACCUCAUAAAACUGCAAAGCUUCUGUAAGGACAAAAACGGCAACCAACAGAUUAGGAAAAAAAUCUUUACCAAUCUUACAUCUGAUAGAGGACUAAUAUCCAAAAUAUACAAAGAACUCAAGUUAGACUCCAGAGAGCCAAAUAACCCUUUUAAAAAUAGGGUACAGAGCUAAAAAAAAAAAAAAACAUUCUCAGUUGAGGAAUAUUGAAUGGCUGAAAGGCACCUAAAGAAAUGUUCAACAUUCUUAGUCACCAGGGAAAUACAAAUCAAAGCAACCCUGAGAUUCCACCUCACACCAGUCAGAAUGGCUAAGAUCAAAAACUCAGGUGACAACAGAUGCUGGUGAGGAUGUGGAGGAAGAACACUCCUCCAUUGUUGCUGGGAUUGCAAACUGGUACAACCAUUCUGGAAAUCAGUCUGGAGGUUCCUCAGAAAAUUGGACAUUCCACUACCUGAGGACACAGCUAUACCUGUCCUGGGCAUACACCCAAAAGAUGCUCCAACAUACAACAAAGACACACGCUCCACUAAGUUCAUAGCAGCCUUACUUAUAUUAGCCAGAAGCUGGAAAGAACCCAGAUGCCCUUCAAGAGAGGAAUGGAUUUGAAAAAUGUGGUACAUCUACACAAUGGAGAUGACUUCAUGAAAUUCAUAGGCAAAUGGAAUAAACUAGAAAAUGAAUGAGGUAACCAAAUCACAGAAAAACACACUUGGUAUGCACACAUUGAUAAGUGGAUAUUAGCCCAAAUGCUCGAAUCACCCAAGAUGCAAUAUGUAGACCUCAGGAAGCUCAAGAAGAAGGCUGACCAAAAUGAGGAUGCUCCCAUACCUUCUUAAAAGUGGGAACAAAAAUAUACAUAGGAAGGGAUAUGGAGUCAAAGUUUAGAGCAAGGACUGAAGGAACAGACGUUCAGUGUGUGCCCUACAUGGGGCCCAUACAUAUGUGUGUGUGUAUGUGUGUGUGUGUGUGUGUAUGUAUAUAUAUAUAUAUAUGUAUGUAUGUAUGUAUGUAUGUAUGUAUGUAUGUAUGUAUAUAUGUAUAUCCACCAAAGCUAGAUAUGGGUGUAUAGAUAUAAGUCCCUAGGAGGUCCUCUAGGAAAGCAGCAGUGUGCCCUUAGGUACUCUCUGUGACCUCACUUAACUGUGCCAGCUUUGAGGGCUUCCACUCUGCUGUUCUCAGAACUGGAAACUCCUGGAAGAGAUGUGUAGUGUCCUAUUACCUUUGUCAUUGUAGGAUAUUAGUAGGAAUACGUUUGAUGGAAAUAUACUGUCAAGAAUAUUAACAAAACAAUUGCUUCUUCUGUACCAUCUGGAUGAAGUUCCAAGUUCAGACAGUUCUGCACCAACUUCCCAAAGCCAGCAAAGUGGAGCAUGAAGAAAGGCAAGUCCAAGGCAUCCAUUACCAGCAUCCUCAGCAAUGCCCCCAGGAAAGGAUUUGGUAGGAAGACAUCAUCCCAAAUUGUCAUCAGUGAGCAAGAGAAGUGUCGAAAGGAACUGGAGGAACUCAAACUUGAAAUCCAGAAGUGUAAAUUUGAGAGGGAUGAACUUUAUCAAAUCCUGGACUUUUAUAUCUAUGAUGAUUGGGACCUCAGGCUGGAUGUCGAAUUGCCAAUACUUCAAUCCGAACAUGAGAGGAGAAUGAUGGCUAUGCAAAUGAUGACCAACUCAAUAAGUGAUGCCAUGGAGAGGUACAAGGAGCUCAUACAAGUGAACACUUUCUACCGCAUCAGGCACUCCCAGCUCCUGCGUGAACAAGCUCAAUUGAAGAACAAUAUACAGAUUUUACUGAAUGACAAGAGAGACCUGCUGGUGGAGCAGACUGAACUGCCAGCAUCCUAUGUGGAGGCAAAGAGGCUCUGUGAAGAGGCCGGAAUGAACAUCUGUGUCCCCAGAGCCAAGCAACAGCAGGUCUGAAAUUCUCCAGCAGAAACUCAAACAUGACAUAGACCAGGACAAGAUCUCCCUUGGUGAGAAGUGGUACAGGAGGAGAACAAAGUGUGCACAGCAAAUACACCACUAUUGCAUCUCAUCUGUAAUGUCCAUAGCAAUUGUGGACUGCAUUUUCCUCCUUUAGUUUAACUUCUUUGGAUUUAAUAGGCCGUACUUUCACCUCGCCUCUCUCCAGCAAGUGUACAGUUUUGGAGGGACCCAGAGAAGUGCUGAUGCACAUCAAUCAAGAGCUGCUGGUCAUCCAGAAAGACUGUGCACGUGUAAAUUUGUACUUGUCCUGAUGGGUCAUCCAGAAGGGUUUCAUGGAGAUCAGUUUACAACAUUGGAAAGACUUUGAGACAAAGACUGUGAUGUAUUUUAUACUCGGUAUUGGAUGGUCUUGUCCUUCAUACCCCACUCUAAUAGAAGAGACCUCCUUACAUUCCGCUUGAAAAGAUUAUUACCAUCAGUAACUGCUUGUCUAUUAUGUUCCAAGGCCAACCACAGGGUAUAAGUCUGUUCUGCAAAAGGAAUAGUAGAAGAAUGUUUAGCACAAUUCCUCUGUUUAGAUUUUGGUUUGAAUUUUGAUUAUUUUGGUUUUUUGGUUUUUCUUGUAUUCAUUUGUAAGUUUGGUAUUUAUUUGUUUUUGUUUUAUUCUUGCAGUUGAUUCGCUAUUUUGAUAAGGAUAUAGACUGUAUAUAUUGACUACUCACAUCUGGUUACUAUUGAGUAAAUUGGAUGUAUUCUUUUAAAUAAAACAGUAAUCUCAAA